AUGCUCGCUGCUGAUAAGCUACGAGAGCUGCGCGUGCUCAUGAGCCGGACAAACGUGCGUCUACUUCCUUUACGUCAUCAUCUGGACAAAACAGAUAAGACAGAAGAGGUGGUAGAGCUUACAGGACGAUCACUACAGGCUUUUCUCGUGGAAACAGCUGAUGCCCAUCAAAGUGAAUACGUCGGGAACGCGCACAAACGUCGCGAGUUCCUCACUGGUUUUACAGGCUCUAAUGGCACAGCAUUAGUGACAAUAGAGAAGGCAUUAAUGUGGACCGAUGGUCGUUAUUUCUUACAAGCAGAGCAGGAACUUAGUGACGAUUGGACACUCAUGAAGUCGGAAGAGGCCGGUGUAGCCACAAUUGAACAAUGGACCAAAACCAAUCUACCAAGUACAAGUGUUUUGGGUAUUGACCCUUACUUGACAUCAGUCUUUACAGCUCGGAAUUUUGUCAGAGUGUUGAAAGAAACAAAAAUUGAGCUUGUAGCUCUCCAUGAGACUGAUAAUCUAGUGGAUCUAAUAUGGAAGAACCGUCCGACGAUAUCACCUUCGCAGGUAACUUUUCUAUCAGAAAAAUACACGGGCUGCUCAGUUGUUGACAAACUCAAGAGCAUUCGUGAGGCUAUGAAAGCAAAUGGAGCCGAUGCUGUUGUGCUCACUGCGCUUGACGACAUCGCGUGGUUGUUCAAUAUCCGUGGCAAUGACGUCCAGUUCAACCCGGUUGUCACGGCAUACGCUAUAGUGACGUGUGACUCGGCAACUCUGUUCUUGGAUGCGGCGAAUCAAGAUGAAGUGAUUCAGCAUUUUGGACCAAGUGGAGUCGUUUGCAAGCCAUACUCAAGUAUGUUAAAAGAGGUUUCGGUCUUUGCUUUAGCUAACAAGGACAAGAAAAUUAUGGUAGACCCCGCUCAAUGCAACGUCGCCGUUUUCCUUGCCAUACCGGCUGCAAACCGCAUCGAGGGUACCUCGGUAAUCAUGGCCCUGAAAGCGACCAAGAGUACUGUUGAAAUUGAGGGUAUGCGUCAGGCUCACCUUCGUGACGGUGCUGCACUUGUCAAGUACUUUAGUUGGCUUACAAAGGAGAUGGAUGCUGGUCACGAAGACCAAUGGGACGAAGUUCUGGUUGCAGAUAAGCAGGAACAGUUUCGUCAGCAAGUGAAAGACUACGUAUCGUUGAGCUUCGAUACCAUUUCGUCGAUUGGAGCAAAUGGAUCCAUCAUCCAUUACUCGCCAAAGCGUAACGGUUGUGCAAAAAUGUCGACGUCUGCCAUAUAUCUGAACGACUCUGGAGCUCAAUAUAUGGAUGGCACGACGGACGUCACCCGAACGCUUCACUUUGGACAGCCUGCUGCUUAUGAAAAGGCGUGCUUUACCCAUGUUCUGAAGGCGCAUAUUGCUCUUGCGAGUGCUGUCUUCCCUGACAAGACCGAAGGCGUCAGACUUGAUGCCAUUGCACGUACGCCGUUGUGGAAAGCCGGUCUGGAUUACCGUCAUGGAACAGGUCACGGUGUUGGCGCGUUCCUUAAUGUGCACGAAAAGGGUGUAUUGAUGUCGGUCCGCUUGAACCCGAAUGGCUUAAAGAUUCAAGAAGGCAUGAUCCUCAGUAAUGAACCUGGCUACUAUGAAGACGGCAAAUUUGGUAUUCGUAUUGAGAGCGUUAUGGUUGUCAAGAAGGCUCCCCAAAUCAAGAGUCCACUCAAUCGCGUAUUCUGCGAAUUCGAGACUCUCACUCUCGUUCCUAUACAGCAAAAGCUCAUUGACAUGAGUCUGCUUACAGCCGAGGAAAUCAAGUGGUUGAACGCGUACCACAGGGAGGUGCACGACAAGCUUCAACCGUUACUAGAAGAUGACUCAGAAGCGUACGCAUACCUUACACGAGAAACGAAGCCUCUGUCGCUGUAG